AUAAGAAUUAUUGGGUCGGAAUACAUUUGAAAUUACAUGAACCUGUAGGUCUAACAUCAAAACAUAGAUACUAUGGCACUGGAUGAAAGAACGUUAAAACCCCUUAUUGACAGUAAGGUGAUCAAAGAUGUGGUUGACAUGUUCACCCCGGCGGCGGAGCUCACAGUCGAGUAUGGUGGUAAGAAGGUCACUAAUGGUGUCGAAAUAAGUCCCGCGGAUGCUUCUGAAAAGCCUCGUCUUGAGUUUAUCUUUCAUGGUCCUUCAAAGGACAAUUUCUUCACCCUUGUGAUGGUUGACCCUGACGCUCCACAUCCUCAUCAACCUACAAUGAGAGAAUGGCUACAUUGGAUGGUGGUUGAUAUUCCCCAAGGAAUGGAUCCCUCUAAAGGAAAAGAAAAGGUAGAGUACAUGGGGCCAAAGCCUCCUGGUGGAAUACAUAGGUAUGUAUUUGUGUUGUUUCAGCAGAAAGGCCUCAUUCCGAAGCUCAAGUUUCCUGAUGCCCGCAACAACUUCAGCACCAUGCAGUUUGCGGCCGACAAUGACUUGGGCUUGCCUGUUGCUGCUCUUUAUUUUACAUCUCAGAAAUAAUACCAAUAUACUUCAAGUUAGUGGCUCAAGUAUUGGCCCAGAUUGUAGUUUUGUAAUGUAAUGUAAGUACAUAAUAAUAAACCUUGUGUAAAUGUAGGAGAAUGAAAUCAUGAAUAUGCUAGUUGUCUACUUGUGUCACUCCUAUAAUUUGUCUUUCUUUGAUCUCUUGUCUCUUAAAAGCCCUAGUUUUAUGGUGGAACCUAGAGUCUGUCGCCAUCCUUUUUUGGUGAAUGCGUUUGUUUUUUCUUUUGUGUUAGUAGUUUUAAGUUUUUGUUUCUAGUAAAAAUUCAUUAUGUAAUAAAGAGUUUUCUAUCUAUAUAUUGUGUUAUAUUGUGUUA